UCAAAAUUUCUCAUUGGUACAACUGAAGAGAAAAAACAAAUUGCUACAUUAUUCGAUCAAGCUUUUCAUCAACAUGGUGUUAUUCGAUUAAUCAAUGCUAAUAUUACUUCAGCUAUAAUCGAUAAAACAAAAGAAUUUUUUGCCUUGGAUGAAAAACUAAAACUAAAAUAUUAUGGCAAUGGUUCAUAUUAUGGAACACCGGGAUAUAAACCACCAGGUUUAGAGGCUGUUGGAAACUAUAAAGGAGACAAAAAAACAGCACCUACGGAUUCUAACGAAAUCUAUUUUACAUUUUUCAAAGCUCAAUCAAAAGAAAUUGAUCCAUCUAUUGAUCAAUUACCUGAUGUGUUUCGUCAGGCGGUACCAGAAUACAUUCUCAAAGGACGACAACUUAUUUCUGAUGUUCAUCAGAUUGCUGAUUUAGCAUUGGAAUUAAAUGAAAACAUUCUGGAUAAAAAUUAUACGAGUGAUCAUGCUACGUUUACAUUAAGAUUAGCUAAAUAUUAUCCACCGAAACAUGAUGAGCCAUUAUCCUUGGGAGAACAUCAAGAUUAUCUUGGAUUUACAUUAAUACACAAUGAUGAUGUACCAGGUUUAGAAGUGAAUGUCAACGGACGAUGGUUUGGUGUCGAAUCGAAACCUAAGACUAUAAUAGUCGUUGGUGGUGAAUUUAUUCAAAGGUGGACAAAUGAUUAUUGGAUAUCAGUCUUACAUCGGGUGGGAGCGGUACAUCAAUUAAGGUAUUCGGCAUUAUUGUUUAGUGGACCUGAUAUGAAUUCUGUGAUUGAUACAUUACCAUGCGAAAAAUGUACACUAGAACCAUCAAAAUAUCCUCCAAUUACUGUAUAUGAACAUAUGGAAAAACGAAAUGCCGCUGCAGCACGUAACUAA